AUGGAGAAAGACCGAACAUCCCCGAAACGGUACGGGGCUGUGGAACAGACGGCACCGGAGGAGAACGCAGCUCAGAAAGCUGAGGAAGACAUCGUUUCCAUGGCCGAUUCAACCAUCACCGCUGAUGAUAUCGAGGGAGAACUUUUUAAGAUUGAGCGAAUACGAGACAUUUUGGUGCGGAGGGAGUCUGAGCUGAGAUACAUGAUGGACGACAUUCAGCUGUGUAGAGAGAUCACCAGGCUCAAAAAGGAUCUGCAGAAAAUCGUCUCUAUACCAGACAAGGACAAGUCAAACGAGGACAGACAGAGAGAAGAAGAACUCCUCCAACAGAUACACAAACUGGUGGAGACGCGGGAUUUCCUGGUCGACGACGUGGAGUUCGAAAGGCUGAGAGAGAGAGAGGAGGACAAAGAAAUGGCAGAGUUCUUACGAGCCAAAUUUCCCCAUGGCACAAAGAAGAGAGGUCAUUCCAAGGACCGCAGAAUGACUUCAAGAGCACAGCAAACCUCUUCUCCUUUCGUUACUAAGACUGGCUUGGCACUACUCAAGGAGUGUUGUGGUUUCACCUGCUUGAUCAUGUAA